AUGGCUCCCAGACGCAGCUCUAUUCCGACAUCUGGGGCUGAGCCUGCAACCACCCCAUCGCCACAACCACCUUCAACUGCCGCGUCCCUAACGCCCGCGUUCUCAUGGAGCGAAGUGGUGUGGGUGAAUGUGGUGGUGAUGACGGUGUGGCACGUCGGUGCCGCUUAUGGCGCCAUCUGCGUCAUGCCACAAGCAUCGUUGUCGGCGAAUCUCGUGCUGUGGGUGAGUUUUUGGUUCUGGGCAGCCCUGGGGGUGACAGCAGGGUCGCACCGGCUGUGGUCGCAUCGGUCAUACAAGGCCAAGCUACCCCUACAGAUCUUCCUCAUGCUAUUGAGCAGCAUGGCGUACCAGAACAGCAUCUUCGAAUGGUCUCGGGACCACCGCGUGCACCACAAAGGCUCAGACACAACCGCGGACCCGCACAACUCGAACCGCGGCUUCUUCUUUGCGCACAUGGGGUGGCUGCUUACACGAAAGCACCCGGAUGUGUUUACAGAGAGCCGCAAGAUCAACAACCGCGACUUGGAAACUGACCCAAUCGUGCAGUUUCAAAAACGGCAUUACCAAGUCAUCGGUCUUGGCAUGUGCUACGGAUUUCCAACGAUCGUCGGGUACGUCUGCUUUGGCUCGGCAUGGCAGGGCUUUUGGAUUGGUGGCGUGUUUCGCCACGUGUGGCUACUCCAUAUGACGUGGUGUGUGAACAGCGUCGCACAUUUCUUUGGGUACAAACCGUACGAUCGCAACAUUCGUGCCGUCGAGAACCUCUUCGUGUCCAUCGGCGCCGUCGGCGAAGGCUGGCACAACUACCACCACCGGUACCCCACCGACUAUGCCACGAGCGAGUUUGGGUUCCUGUACCAGUGGAACCCGACCAAGCUGUUUAUUGAAAUCAUGGCAGCCGUCGGGUUGGCCUACGACUUGAAGCGCAGCACCACCGCCGCCGCGACCCGCGAACGACUGGCGAUUGCGAUCGAUCAACAAGUCGUCAAGGGAAUUCUGGCGCCGCCUACGACCCCACUGCAACAAGCACUCACGUGGGCCGUACACACGGCCAAAUCGACCCUGUUUGCGACUUAGUGUUGAGAAGAACGAGUAUGUAGCGUUAAGCGAAUACUAGUAAUGGAUUGACUGUGAAUCCCCUAA